AUGGAUGUUUUCAGAAAUGGAGACCGUUUUUAUGAUUUUGAAGAAGUUUUGAAGAAAAUAAGGGAAUACGAAAUAGCUACCAAUACUAAUUUUUAUCGGAGAGACUCAAGAACUAUAGCAGCUGCACGAAAAAGAGGAAUAAAACGGAAUAUUAAGCCAGAAUUGCUAUUUUACUCUAUUACCUUUGCAUUACUCAGUGACAUAAAGUAUCCACCAAAGUUAUCCAGGAAAGGACGACCAAAAGGCAGUGAGAAAACCGUUAUUGGUAUAACAAAGAAAUCUAAGAGACAUCACCUUCAGCCUUUCUUCAAGAAAAGUAGUGGGAUAAAAGAAUUAGCAAUAUUACAGUGGAUUCUGGGAGAUGAAAAAGGAAAAACAGUUUUUGAGAAUAAAGAAAAAGUUUUUCAAAAUGAAGUACAGGACCUUGCUUUUUCAAGUGCUCUUGUUGAUGAGAGUGUAGACCUAUUAAUCGUUGAAAAGUUUUUUACAAAAGAAGCAAUGAUUGAUGUCAUGAGUGUAGUUAUGAGAAACAAAGAAAACUCAUUUCAUAAAUGUGGUUCAUGCACUAUGGAUUUGACUUUGACAACUAAUGUUGUUAAGUGCUCAUCAUGUCUAGGAUGGAACCACUUGCCAUGUGUAUUUUUGAAAACUGUUCCAAAAGCUAAACAUUGGUAUUGUAAAAGAUGUAAGCAAAUCAAUAAAUAAAGAUUCAUCAAAAUUAUAUUCAAUAGCAUAUACAUGUAUCAUAUUGUUCCUCAUUAUGUCUGCCAUUUUUUGCUGAAAGGGUAUCAGUUUAGUUCAGACAAUAGUAUUUUUAUUUGAUAAAGUAAAGAACAAUGAAUACUACUAGAAAACGUCAUUUGUAAUUUAUGGUUAGUAAAGCCUGUCUUACCAAAUAUUUGUGCAGACGCUUGUGAUGACAAAGGAUCUUUGUAUUUUUUCCCAAUUAAGUAUGUAUUGCCAUAAUUGUAUAGCUACUGUUUCAAUAAAAUUGAUAAGUUUCUUCUUAAUGAUUUAAAACAUUGUGGUCCUUUACAGCUUUCCAUUUUUUUUGUGUAUUUGUAUUU